CACAGGGGAGGCUGUGGAUUUGGAGGGGCUGUGGGGCGGGGGGAGCCGGGGGGUGUCAAGGCCUGCCCCUCAUCACCCCCGGCUGCCCCGGGCACGGCGGAGGGUCGGGUGGGCGCUCCGCCGUGACCGGCAGGCCUGUCCCCCCCGCACGGCCCCCGGGGAACACCCGGGACGGGCGCGGCCACCCUGGACCCCCCCAGACGGGGCGAUCGAGCCCCCUCCGUGUCCCCCGGGGGUCCCCGCGCCCCGGCCCGGCCGUGCCCCGCGCGGUGCCCCGGUCCCGCCCCGCGCCGCCCGGUGCCCCCGCCCCGCUCCCCCGCAGGAAGGAACCGCCGGCCCGGCACCGGGCGCGGUUUCCCGUCGCUGCGUGAGCUGCGGGCUCAGCCCCUCCUCGACCUCCGGAGGGACUGACCCGCCGCGACCCGGGGCACCCCGCACCCCCGCACCCCAACAGCACCCCCGGCCCGGGCUCCCAGCCCCGCCACCCCCGCGACCCCCGCCCCACUCCGGGGUCCCCGUAGGACCCUCCCCGCCGGCAGCGGGGGUGAACCCCACCCCGCGCGGUUCCCAGGGUCCCCCCGGAGGGUCGCGGGGCGCACCCCCCGCCUGGCUCCCCCAGGGGCGCUGACCCGGGGUCCCCGGCAGCGCCCAGCGCGUCAAUGGCCGGAACUGGGUGGAAGCGGCGGGAAGCGGGGGGGUCCCGCAGGACAUCCGCCCCACGGCCGGGGGGCUGGGGGCGGCUCGGGACCCCCCCGGGGCAUCCGAUCGCCCCGUGAAAAGGUGUGAGGGGGUACAGUGUCCUGUGGCCAGGAUGGGGGUCCCUGCCACCACCGCGGCCCCCCGAGGGCUGUGUGUCCCCCGUGAGGGCUGUGUCCUCCCUCUGGUGCCAUCGCUGUGUCCCCAGGGUGCCGUGUCCACCCCAGUGCCAUGUGUUUGUUCCCCCGACGCCGCGCGUGUCCCCCCAGUUCCAUGUCCCAGUGGGUGCCAUGUCCUCUUCAGUGCCGUGUCCCCACAGGUGCCAUGUGCCCCCCCAGCUGCCAUGCGUGCCCCCCAUGCCACAUAUCCCCCCAGUUCCCUGUCUCCCCCAGGGCUGUGUCCCCCCGGGUGUCAUGUGUGCUCCCAAGUCCCCCCAAAGCCAUGUCCCGGCCACGAGUGCCGUGUCCCCCUCUCUGGGUGCCAUCGCUCCCUCCCCAUGCCCACAUGCCAGGGCGCGGGGGCAGCCGGGGUUCCCCUCCCCGCGGUGGGGUCCCCGCCGUGUCCCCGCCGCGUGGCGGUGGCGGUGGCGGCGGAGGUGGCGGUGCCCAUUGUGUGCGGGGCGGGGGCGUCGCGGCCUCGUCACCACUUCCCCGGGCAGGAGGAAGCGGGAAGCGGCCGCUCCCGGCUCAGAGGGGCCGCGAUGGGGAACCUGCCGGGGGUCCUGCCCGGAGCCCCCCGCGCCUGCCCCGGCCUCGGCCUCUGCUCGCGCCCGCGCGGCCCCGCGCCCGAGGACCCCCCUGUCACCGCCGCCCCCGCCGCUGUCACCGAGCCCCCCAGCUCGGCGCCCUCUUCCCCGGCGGAGCCGCCCCGCUUCGCCCGCCUCAAGAACUGGGAGACCGGCAGCAUCAGCUACGACACGCUCUGCGCCACGGCCGGCCAGGAGCUGCCCUGCUCGGGGCUGCGCUGCCUGGGGUCGCUGGUGCUGCCGCGGCCGCUGGCCGCCCCCACCCCCGAGGGGACACGACCGCCCGAGGAGCUGCUGGAGCUGGCCCGGGACUUCAUCACCCAGUACUACGUGUCCCUGCGGCGGGAGAACUCGCCGGCGCACACGCAGCGGCUGCGGGAGGUGGCGGCCGACAUCGCGGCCUCGGGCUCGUACCGGCUGCGGGAGCCCGAGCUGGCCUUCGGGGCCAAGCAGGCCUGGCGGAACGCGGCGCGCUGCGUCGGCCGCAUCCAGUGGAACAAGCUGCAGGUGUUUGACGCCCGGGACUGCGCGGGGCUGGGGGAGAUGUUCAGCCUCCUCUGCUCCCACAUCCAGUUCGCCACCAACCGCGGCAACAUCCGGUCGGCCAUCACCAUCUUCCCCCCGCGGGCUCCGGGCCGCGGCGAUUUCCGCAUCUGGAACCCGCAGCUGAUCCGCUACGCGGGCUACCGGCAGCCCGACGGCUCCGUGCGCGGCGACCCUGCCAAUGUGGACAUCACCGAGCUCUGCAUCCAACACGGCUGGACCCCCGGCGGCGGCCGCUUCGACGUGCUGCCGCUGCUGCUGCAGGGCCCCGACGAGUCCCCCGAGCUGUUCCCGCUGCCCCCGGAGCUGGUGCUCGAGGUGCCGCUGCAGCACCCCACGCUGGAGUGGUUCUCGGAGCUGGGGCUGCGCUGGCACGCCCUGCCGGCCGUGGCCAACCUGCUGCUGGAGAUCGGGGGGCUCGAGUUCCCCGCGGCGCCCUUCAACGGCUGGUACAUGGGCACCGAGAUCGGCUCCCGCAACCUCUGCGACCGCCACCGCUACGACGUGCUGCCCGAGGUGGCCGAGCGCAUGGGGCUGGACACAGGCAGCAGCUCGUCCCUCUGGAAGGACCGGGCGGCUGUGGAGGUGAACGUGGCCGUGCUGCACAGCUUCCAGGUGGCCCAGGUGACCAUCGUGGACCACCACGCGGCCACCGAGUCCUUCAUGAAGCACCUGGCGGCCGAGGGGCGGGCGCGGGGGGGGUGUCCCGCGGACUGGGCCUGGAUCGUGCCCCCCCUCUCGGGCAGCCUCACCCCCGUGUUCCACCAGGAGAUGGUCAACUACCAGCUGAGCCCCUCCUUCCGCUACCAGCCCGACGCGUGGAAGGUUUACGUGUCCAAGGGCACCACGGUCACCCGGAGGAAGACCUUCAAGGAAGUGGCCAACGCUGUUAAGAUCUCGGCCAAGCUCAUGGGACACGUGAUGGCGCGGCGGGUCAAGGCCACCAUCCUCUACGGCACGGAGACCGGGAAGUCGCGCACCUACGCCUGGAACCUGUGCCAGCUCUUCCGCCGGGCCUUCGACCCCAAGGUGCUGUGCAUGGACGAAUAUGACGUGGUGGCCCUGGAGCACGAGACCCUGGUCCUGGUGGUCACCAGCACAUUUGGGAACGGGGACCCGCCAGAAUGUGCUGAGAGCUUCUCCAAGGCCCUGAUGGAGAUGACCUCGCCCUACACCGGCACCUCCCAGGCGGAGCCGCCCAUGAGCUACAAGCUGCGGUUCAACAGCGUCUCCCAGUCCGACCAGCUCGUGUCCUCCUGGAAGAAGAAGCGGCGGCAGCUGAGCAACACCGACAGCGCGGGAACCUUGGGAGCCCUGCGGUUCGCGGUGUUCGGGCUGGGGUCCCGGGCGUACCCCCACUUCUGUGCGUUCGCGCGGGCCGUGGACACGCGGCUGGAGGAGCUGGGCGGGGAGCGGGUGCUGCCCCUGGGCGAGGGCGACGAGCUGUGCGCGCAGGAGGAGUCCUUCCGCACCUGGGCACGCCAGGUGUUCCAGGCUGCCUGCGAGACCUUCUGCGUGGGGGACGGGGCGGGGGGCGCCGAGGAGCUGUUCGCCCCGCCGCAGGGCUGGAAGCGCCACCGGCACCGGCUGGUGCCGCAGCCGCAGGCCACCGAGACUCUGGCCGGACUGUCCCAGCUGCACAAGCGCCAGGUGUUCCCCUGCUCGGUGCUGUCUGUGGAGAACCUGCAGAGCGAGGAGUCCAGCCGGCAGACGCUGCUGGUGCGGGUGGGCUGCGCGGAGCAGGGGGGGCUGCGCCACCUGCCCGGCGACCACCUGGGCGUGUUCCCCGCCAACCGCGAGGAGCUGGUGAGGGGCGUCCUGGAGCGCGUGGAGGACCCGCCGCCCCCCGAGCAGCCCCUGGCCUUGGAGAGCCGCGACGGGGACCCCGCGGGCGGGGCCAGCCCCGGGCCCCGCUGGGUGCUGCAGCCGCGGCUGCCCCCCUGCACCCUGGCCCAGGCUCUCACCUUCUACCUGGACGUGGCGGCGCCCCCGAGCCCGCAGUUCCUGCAGCUCCUGGGCUCGCUGGCGCGGGACCCGGCCGAGCGGGAGCGGCUGCAGCGCCUGGCGCAGGACGCGCGGCUCUACGAGGAGUGGAAGUGGUUCCGGUGCCCGACGCUGCCGGAGGUGCUGGCCGAGUUCCCGUCCGUGGCUCUGCCCGCCGCGCUGCUGCUCUCCCAGCUCCCGCUGCUCCAGCCCCGCUACUACUCCAUCAGCUCCGCGCCCGGCGCCCACCCGGGCGAGAUCCACCUCACCGUGGCCGUCGUCACCUACCACAGCGAGAACGGGCAGGGUCCCCUGCACUACGGCGUCUGCUCCACGUGGCUGGCGCGGCUGCAGCCGGGGGACACGGUGCCAGCCUUCAUCCGGGGGGCCCCCUCGUUCCGGCUGCCGCCCGCCCCCGACACGCCCUGCAUCCUCGUGGGCCCCGGCACCGGCGUGGCGCCCUUCCGCAGCUUCUGGCAGCACCGGCUGCAGCUGCUGCGCGCCGGAGGCGGCCCCCUGGGCCCCAUGGUGCUGGUGUUCGGGUGCCGCUCCUCCGCCCUGGACCACAUCUACCGCGAGGAGAUGGAGCAGGCGCGGCAGCAGGGCGCGCUCAGCCGGGUGCUCACCGCCUUCUCCCGCGAGCCCGGCAGCCCCAAGACGUACGUGCAGGACGUGCUGCGGGCACAGCUGGCAGCCGAGGUGCACCAGGUGCUCUGCCAGCGCGGGGGACACAUGUACGUGUGCGGGGACGUCACCAUGGCCACCGAGGUGCUGCAGACCGUGCAGCACAUCCUGGCCCAGGAGGGCGACAUGACGCUGGGCCAGGCGGGGGACGUCAUCAGCGAGCUGAGGGACAAGAACCGCUACCACGAGGACAUCUUCGGGCUGACGUUCCGCACGCAGGAGGUGGCCCUGCGCAUCCGCAGCCAGUCCUUCUCCCUGCAGGAGCGGCGCCCCGCGGGGCCCGCCCCCUGAGCGGGGACACGGGGACACGGGGACAGCGGGGACACGGGGACAGCGGGGACAGGGGCUCCCCGCGGCUGUGCCCCCGUCCCGCCACCCCCCAGUAAAGGUUUAGUUUUGAUACCCCCGGCCCGAC